AUGAGAAAGCCUGACUCUCUCUCUCUCUUUCUCUCUCUCUCGCCGUAUUUUAUUCUAAUCACUGCUUUCUGUUUUGUUUUUUCUCUUUCUUUUUUGCUCCCUCCCUCCCUCCCUCCCUCUCUGUCUUUUGCUAAACUCUCUCUUUUGCUCCCUCCUUGCCACUCUCCCUUUUUUGCUUUUCACCCCUCUCUCUUUUCUCACCCCUCUCUCUCUUUCUCACCCCCUCUCUCUCGCCCUCUCUCUCUCUUUCUCCCUCUUGCUCUCUUUCUCACUAUCUUUCUCACUCUCAUUAUCUUUCUCACCCUCUUUCUCUCCCCUCUUUCUCUCGCUCUCUCCCCUCUUUCUCUCUCCCUUUUCUCUCCCUCUUUCUCUCUCCCCUCUUUCUCUCUCCCCUCUUUCUCUCUCCCCUCUUUCUCUCUCCCCUCUUUCUCUCUCCCCUCUUUCUCUUGCUCCCUCUUUCUCUUGCUCUCUCUUUCUCUCGCACUAUCGCUCUCUUUCUCUCGCUCUCUCUCUCUCGCUCUCGCUCUCUUUCUCUUUUUCUCUCGCUCUUUACCUCUCUCUCUCCUCUUUCUCUUGCUCUCUCUCUCCCCUCUUUCUCUUGCUCUCUCUCUCCCCUCUUUCUCUCGCUACCUCCUCUCUUGCAAGGAAUGGUUCCAGGAUAUCGAUCCGCCCAUACUCCUUCUCUCAUCUAUUGGCAUCUUACACCAGUACCCGUCGAAUGGCAUUAAUAAACUCUCCACCUCUCUUGAUGUCUUAUUUAUGCCUGUCACUAUGGUUACCACCUGUCCAAUGGCUUUCCAAUAUUGUUUACUUUUCUCUCUCUCUCUGAUAUUGUUUACUUUUCUCUCUCUCUCGGAUAUAGUUUACUUUUCUCUCUCUCUCGGAUAUAGUUUACUUUUCUCUCUCUCUCGGAUAUAUUUACUUUUCUCUCUCUCUCCUCGAUAUAGUUUGGUUUUCUCUCUCUCACCUAUAGUUUACUUUUCUCUCUCUCUCGGAUAUAGUUUGAUUUUCUCUCUCUCUCGGAUAUAUUUAUUUACUUUUCUCUCUGAUAUAGUUUACUUUUCUCUCUCUCAGAUAUGGUUUCCUUUUCUCUCUCUCUCUCAGAUAUGGUUUCCUUUUCUCUCUCUCUCUCAGAUAUGGUUUCCUUUUCUCUCUCUCUCUCAGAUAUGGUUUCCUUUUCUCUCUCUCUCUCAGAUAUGGUUUCCUUUUCUCUCUCUCUCUCUCAGAUUUGGAUUACUUCUCUCUCUCUCUCAGAUUUGGAUUACUUCUCUCUCUCUCUCAGAUUUGGUUUACUUCUCUCUCUCUCUCAGAUUUGGUUUAUUUCUCUCUCUCUCUCUCAGAUUUGGUUUAUUUCUCUCUCUCUCUAUCUCUGAUUUUGUUUCCUUGCUCCUUCUGCCUUGCUUUGUUUAUUUUUUCAGCUUUUUUACUUGUUUACUUUUUCUCCAUGCUGUGUUUGUUUACUUUUCUCACUCUCUCUUAGACUUUGUUUACCUCUCUCUCUCUCUGAUUUAUUUACAUUUGUUUACAUCUCUCUCUCUCUAUAAUUUUUCUCUCUCAGACUUUGUUUACUUUUAUCAGUUUCUCUCUCUCUCUCUCUCAGACUGUUUAUUUUUCUUCUCAAACUUUUACUUUUCUCUCUCUCAGACAUGA